GAGGCUCAAUAAUAACACUCUUGUUGGUGAAUGCCCAAAGUCUCUGGCUAACAUGACCCAACACAAUUUUCUGUAAUACACAUAUGAACUCUUCUGUUUUAUACUUGUAUCUCAUGCAUAAUUUCAGUUUAUAUUUCCAGUUUGGAGGUGUUAUUUGGUGGAGACACAAACACAAUCAACAAGCAUUCUUCGAUAUUAAAGAAGUCUACCUUGGAAACUUGAAGAGGUUUCAAUUCAGAGAACUCCGGAUUUCUACUCACAACUUCAACAGCAAAAACAUAUUAGGAAAAGGUGGUUUUGGAAAUGUCUACAAAGGAGUUCUUCCUGAUGGUACUCUUGUAGCUGUCAAGAGGCUUAAAGAUGGCAAUGCCAUUGGAGGAGAGAUUCAAUUUCAGACCGAAGUUGAAAUGAUCAGCUUGGCAGUUCUUCUGUUUCUGAAGAGGCAGAGCCAAGUCCCUUUGUUGGUCAGUGGCAAGGUAAAUCUGUUUCUUUCAUGCGAUCCAACGAGCAUGGAAACCAUGAAACACAGAGGAAAUGGGACACUUCAGGUCUUCAUGGCUUGCCUCUCAAAUUUGUUCAAGUUGACCAAAAUUCCAGGAAUUGGUGGAGAAAGCUUGAUAUCGUACGUGAUAUUAUAGCUGAAGGUCUACAAGGGGAAGAUUGGUUGGAAGCUCUCUUGUACUCA